AUGGAUAAACCGAUGGUCCAAGUUCAUAAGAUAAGUAGACGAUCACUACAGAUUGAACCAAAAUCACAAGCGUUAGCUGUAACUACAGCAUCGAAAGGCCACACAAAAAUUAGCCCUGUUGCGCGGCUAUCUGACACUACGACGACUACAUCCUCAACACAGGCGUCAGCUUUAAUGAACGAGACUUAUAAACCAGUACUCGUGAGACAUGUUAGUUCUCGAAAACGGUCGUAUUCCCAGUUGCAUGUUGUUGAUAUAUCAGUUCUAAAUGAAACGUCAACGGACGCUACAAGUCAAGUGCAGGAAGAAAGGUCCGAGUCAAAUGAAGGGAAAUCCUUAGUCAGAGUGAAACGCGUCAGUUGUCGAAAAAGAUCACAACCGAACGCUGUUGACAAAAAUUUAGUUCCAGAUAUGCAACCGGAGACAACAACACAAUUAAAACCGGAGUCAUUUUUGCCUGCUGAGAAUAUUUCGGCGGUAACAGUGAGGCGAGUCAGUUGUCGAAAAAGAUCACAACCGAACGCUGUUGACAAAAAUUUAGUUCCAGAUAUGCAACCGGAGACAACAACACAAUUAAAACCGGAGUCAUUUUUGCCUGCUGAGAAUAUUUCGGCGGUAACAGUGAGGCGAGUCAGUUAUCGAAAGUCGAGGUCAUACUCAAACACCUUUGAUAAUUCCAUACCACUUGUACAUGAUCUGGUAGAAACAGCUAAGGCUCACCAAACUACAGGGCCUAUUUCGACAAACGACGUAUGUAUGCUGUUAGAAGGCGUUAUUUGA